CGAGUGAGCAGGAACGAGGCACGAGCGAGGAUGCGCUCCGGCGGGAACGGGAAGAAGCGCGUGCUCGGAGACAGAAAAAUGCAGCGCGAGAUCGAAUCGUGGCGGGGUAAGGAAGGCGCUAAGAUAUGAGCGGGACAUGGCGCGGGGAUCAUGCUGCUCGAGGCACAGCUAUCGACCUGCCUGUGGUUAUAGGCCCAUGUCCUCCCACCGCUAGCCAUUAAGCCCUGCUUCAGUCCGCCUCCACCAUGUCGGUCCGCCAUAGCGCCUCGUUUUCCGACGAGAAGGAACAGGGCUAUGUUCAAGAUGCGGUCGCCACCGCUGAGCACGCCCCCGAGGUCGUCAUCGUCAAGCGCUAUGGCCGCCUCGGCCCCAUCUUAGAGCGCAUGUUCGCGCAUGGUGUCGAGGCUAGAGGUGUUGAGCGCGUCCCGGAGGAUGAACGGUCGUCGAAAAACCAGUACAACAAUUCCGUCAACACCGUUCUGACGACGAUCCCGAUCGGAGUGUUGGCUCAGGAAUACUACACCUUGACUCUCCCACAUGCUAUUGCCACCAUAAUGUGCUUUGGUGCUUUGGGUGCCCUCACGGUAGCAUUCAUCAGCACUCUGGGACCACGAACUGGUCUUCGGACCAUGAUGAUCGCCCGGUAUAGCUCUGGCUAUAUUGGCGGCAUCAUCUACUCCGUGCUCAACCUCCUCACUCAGCUCGGCUUCUCCGUUACCGCCGUCAUCCUUGGCGGCGAGACACUCGCGUCCAUUAACCCUGGUACACUCCCGCUCGUAGUUGGCAUCAUCAUUGUCGCGAUCUGCAGCUUGGUGCCCUGCUUCAUUGGCUACGAGAUGGUACAUAUCUAUGAGCGGUAUGCGUGGAUGGUCAUGACCAUCGUCAUGCUUUUCUUGUGGGGUUUGGGAGGCCGCGCCGGCUUCGACAUUAAUGCGCAAAAGCCGCUUGAAGCUACCGGCAGAGCACUCUCCGGCGAUAUCCUCAGCUUUGGCGGUAUCAUCUUCGGGUCUUUCUCCGGGUGGGCACCCGUUGCAGCGGACUACAACUGCAGGCUCCCGAUCCUGGGUGCUGCGCUCAUGACAAUCAGUGAUCCUGCCUUCGCCGACGUGAUUGUGGCUGGUGAUACGGGCGGUCUUCUCGCGCAGGUACUCUCGCCGUGGAAGGGCGGAGGCAAGUUCGUUCUUGUUCUCCUGGCGUUCUCUGUCGUCGCGAACAACAUCCCGAACACGUAUUCCGCUGGUAUCUCUGCGCAGGCACUCGGACGGCCCUUCGCGAUGGUGCCCCGCUUCGUGUGGGUCUUCCUCGCAUUCGUAACGUACACCGUCGCGGGCGUUGCGGGGCGCGAGCACUUCUCCGAGAUCCUGUCGAACUUCCUGAGCAUCCUCAGCUACUGGACGGCAUUCUUUAUCGUCAUCGUCGCGGAAGAGCACUUUAUCUUCCGACGGAAGAACGGCCCGCUUGGUGGGUAUAACUUGGAGGACUAUGACACCCCGAGCAAGCUACCUAUCGGAGUUGCAGGAGUACUUGCGGGCUGCUUCGGUGUCGCGGGUGCUGUCGUAGGAAUGUCGGAGGUGUGGUAUACGGGCCCGCUUGGCAUGGAUGCUGGUGCAGACGGCUAUGGUGCGGACCUUGGUUUUGAGCUCGCCGCGGCGUUUGCUGCAGUCAUGUUUCCGCCACUACGUUGGCUGGAAAUCCGCCUCACGGGGAGGUAGUAUCGUGUGCCGGUGUAAAUGUUGUGUGUACUGUCUUACUGGGGUAGCCGCUGAACUCAGUUAACGAUCUCGACGUGCGGUGUCUUCAAUCGAGCCUCAAGUCCUCAAUCGUCGACCAUGCAGCAUUUCGUCCCGAACUCCGACUCAGUCUUGAGCUGACAAUGCAACUGAAAUGUACCGCACCACUGUCAACGUCAGCUUGGUGUGAGUGAUAAAGUCACUAAAUCGGCUACACUGGAUGCCAGUUGCUCGUUGAAGGGAGUGAAUCAUGUCCGGACACAGCAGACAAUUGACCAGAUGCCCCGAGAGCCUUAGUAAGCCCUCUCUCACAGUGAGAAUU